GCGUCCCUUUUAAAAAGAGAGGAAGGACUGCCAUUAAUGAUGUAAAUGUAGCGUAGUAUAUACAUAUCUAUCAGUCAUUACUAGGAAUUCAUAGUUUUUAAGGUAGUGUUAUUGUGUGUAUUUUAGCUGAAUUAAGAGAAUCAGCUUUCUGAGUUUCAUCAUGCUGCUGCGUUGUAGAGACUCGCUGGUAUGGCUUUUUUUCCAGGCUCUUGUCUCGGUGUCCUGGAGCUUCAGUGAGCCGGAGCCUGGGCCUGGAGCUGCCGGUGCUGUAGCGAACGGAGAUCGGUUCAAGAUUGAAGGCCGUGCUGUAGUGCCAGGAGUAAAAACACAGGACUGGAUCUCCACUGCUCGUGUGCUUGUCGAGGGAGAAGAACACGUUGGCUUUUUGAAAAUUGAUGGAAGUUUCGCUGUGAAUGAUGUUCCUUCAGGAUCCUAUGUAGUCGAGAUCAUUUCACCAUCAUACAGAUUUGAUCCAGUUCGAGUGGACAUUACAUCCAAAGGCAAAAUGAGGGCUAGAGUGGUAAACUUCAUAAAGACAUCUGAAGUACUGCGUCUGCCAUACCCUCUUCAAAUGAAAUCUACUGGCCCACACUCUUAUUUUAUGAAGCGGGAGACCUGGGGAUGGACAGAUUUCCUCAUGAAUCCAAUGGUCAUGAUGAUGGUUCUUCCUUUGUUGAUUAUCGUCUUGCUGCCGAAGGUUGUGAAUACUAAUGAUCCAGAGAUGAGACGGGAGAUGGAGCAGUCCAUGAAUAUGCUCAACCCCAAUCACGAGCUGCCAGAUGUAUCUGAAUUCAUGACAAAACUGUUUUCUUCCAAAACGUCUGGCAAAUCUGGGAGCAGCAGUAAGAGUGGGAAGAGUGGUCCUGUAAAGAGGAGGUAGUAGUGUUUUAGAAAGGAAUGUAAAUGCACUGCCUGGCAUUACCAUUCAUUGAGUUUUGUGUUUUUUUUCCAUUUUUCUAAAUUAUUGUUCAAGUCCCAACCUAAUUUCUAGAGUAAAAUAUUUGCAAAAACACAACUUCUGCAACUGUUAAGCAAUAAGGAGAGCUUAGAGGUCAAGAACAAAUCUGGCGUGAUUGUUCCCUUCAACAAAGCUGGAUACUUUAUUGCUUUUAAUGAAAUGCCUGUUUGCUUUUUUUACUGUGAAUGCCUUGUUACUUUUUAUUUCAAUUAGGUAUGCACAUUGUAUAUUGGAUUCCCUACAAAAUAAGCAUCACCCUGUUUUAUACUACAGUAGGUCCAGUAACGUUCUUGAUUUUCCUGUUAGAAAUGACCUACUUUUAGAAUGAGUUCUUUGGAAAGUGAUAAUACUGUUAUAAAGCCACACCUACACGAGUAAGAGCUCGUGAUCUGAAUAUUCAUUAUAGAAACUUUACCUUGCCUGCAUUGCAUUAGAUUAUUAUAAAUUAAACAACACUUUUUAAUUCUAGAAUGUAAAGAGCAAAUGUUAUUUAAAUACAAAGAUAAUAAAAAUUGUGAUGAUCAUACUGUCUGCCUUUUGUUUUGAUGUUCAAUUUUAUCCCAUCACCUGCAACUAGCCCAUAUCAUAGAACAGAUAACACUGUCUUUAUGAUGUAGUGCUGAAAUAUCAUAUACAUGGAAUAUAUUCCUAAGACUUUCGUAUCUCUGGUUUCUCAGAAUGUGUUCUAAUGUGUAAAUAUCUUGAUUAGAACAUGUUGGAUAACAUUGAUAUAAACUAGAUUUGAUGCAAAGACUUUGAUACAGUAAGGUGAAUAUUAUACAUCUUAAAGGGUUGAGAUACCAAGUAUUGGAAAAGCUCAGCACUAAUAAUUUCAACAAAUUCACAGUAAUCGUGGAAAUGUAUGCUUAGUAAUUGGAUUGAGUUCAGAAGUCUUUCUUUAAUGGAACGAAAUUGAAAUAAAUAUACAUAUUCACCUUUCCCUAGUUUCAUCUCAUAGAAAGAAAUGACUCUGCUGCUAUGCCAUGAUGACUAAAGUCUUACAUUUUGCAAAAGAUCAUUAACUGUGCCUCACAUAAAGGCAAUGUCCUUGUCAGUGUCUCGUUUUAAGCAGUCACUGCUCUUAUUUGAGUUUCUUUGCCUUAAGCAUAACUAAAUGUGAGUGACUGUGGGACAUGGGAAUGCAAAACCCACUCAGUAAACACUGACUUAAAAUUUUCAUAGACACAAAAGUUUCUUACUGUGUAUUUUAGUCAAUUUGCUUGAGAAUGUAUAUUCAUUAUUUUGUACUUGGAAAAACUAAUGUUCACUAUAUGAAAGUACAGUUCAAGAUACAAGUUCUUAACACUGUAACGUUUUAGCAAAUGAUAUUGAUGCCUUGCUGAAUUUUGUCAAAUUUUCUUGUGUGCAGGAUGCAUGUUUUGGUUUUGAAAUUAAAAUUGCCCUUUUUGACCAGGA